AGAAUCCUGGUCCUUAUGAAUUUGGUGAACUUCCAAAAACAAAAAAUAUAGAGGGAAAAAAUCAACAUACAAAAAAAUGGAAAGAACUAACUAAAGAUAUCGAAGAUCAAAUUUUGUCAAAAGAUCAAAUAUUAAUUAAAUAUAAUAGCGAGAUUAAAACAUUAACAGCAACAACGAAAGGAAUUGAAGAUAUUUAUAAUGCUUUUCAAAAUAAAAAUAAAAAACCAACAUAUCUGAGAUGUUGGAAGUCAUGCAAUAUUUAUAUUUAUGGAACACCUAGAACUGGUAAAUCAUAUUUAGCUCAAAUAUUAUUUCCAGAUGCAUAUAAUAAAUCAAAUGAAGAUGGAAAAUGGUAUCCCAAAUUUAAUAAAAAUAAUGAACAUGAUGUAGUAAUUUAUAAUGAAUUUUCAGGAAGUGAUUAUAAAUUCCAACGGGUUUUAAAUUUACUAGAUAGAAGAGAGUUUUCUGUUCAAUAUAAAGGAGGAAAUAUAAACUAUGCUCCAAAAGUUCAAGUCUUUACAGCAAAUUCAUCACUAAGAGAACAAUAUAUUUAUUAUGAAGAUAUGCCAUAUUUUCAAUAUAGUAAUGAAUAUAAAGUACCAAAUAAAAAAUUUUAUUCAGCUAUAAGUGAACGAUUUGAUUUUAUAAUUGAAUAUUUUAAAUUUAGAGAUGAUAACAAACAACCUUGUAAUGAAGAAUGCUUAUGUUGUAAAGUUCGUAGAAUAUUUCAUCAAGGAUCAUAUGAUGAUUUUAUAAAUCUUAAAUUUGAUAUAGAAUUUGGUGGAGAUAUAACUAUUGAAAAAGCUGAGGAGAUUGUUUAUUUUGACAAUGGAAAUAUAUUAUUUAAAGAUGAAAGAAAAGAAAUAAUUUUUUUUCGAAAAAAUUUUGGAUCUGAUAUUACACAGUAUAUAUUAUCAAAUCAUGAAAUAAUUAAUGGAAAUCAUACAGAUAUAAUUCAAUAUCCGAGAGUUGUAAAAAAAUUAAUAUUAAAAAAUCAACCUAUAGAAUAUAAAGAAAUUAUAUUUAAUCGCAAAAAUUCAUCUUUAAAAUCAGAUGAUUCAAGUUAUACUAAGAAAAAAAAGAAAGGAAAGUUUAGAGCAGUUAAUAAUUCAGAUACUGAAAAUUUAAAAGCUGAUAUUGAACAAGCGAGAAUUCAAAGAAAUUAUGAGGAAUUAAAUAAAAAUAAUAUCAAACAAGAUAUUAUAACUAAUGAAGAUUUGCAAGAAGAUUUUCAAGAAGAGAUAGUUGAUAAUUCAGAUACUGAAAAUUUAAAAGCUGAUAUUGAACAAGCGAGAAUUCAAAAAAAUUAUGAGAAAUUAAAUAUAUUAGAAGAAAAAAUAUAUCAUGA